CAAUCUCUUGCAUCUCUCUGGCUUCAAAGAUGAAAAAAUCCACCUUCUCUUUAACUAGUUUUCAGAGCGAGGAGGGAAUCAUCUUCGAUACGCAGACGAUUCAGCGCAUGGAGCUUCUGAUUCUCAGCGUGUUGAAAUGGCGGAUGCGAUCGGUGACGCCUUUCACAUUCCUCCUAUUCUUCCUCUCGUUUUUCAAACGGAACGACCCUCCAUUGAAGCAGGCUUUAAAAGCUAGGGCUACAGAGAUCAUUUUCAAAGCUCAGAACGGUAGAAAAAAGUCAAGAUCUUAGAGUAUAAACCGUCUGUAAUCGCCGCUUCGGCACUACUCCCUGCUUCCCACGAGCUUUUCCCCCCUGCAAUUUCCUUGUUUUCAAAAGGCAAUUUCUUCCUGUGUAUAUAUAAAUAAAG